GGAGGGCGCUUUCGGCUGCGCACUUCCGCUUCCGGUUCUCAGCGUCGACUCUGGUCCUGGUUUUGCUCUCCGGCGAGGAGGUUGUGGCGUCCACAGGUCCUAGGCAAUUCGAGCUCCCGACAGGAUGAUCGAGGUUGUUUGCAACGACCGUCUGGGGAAGAAGGUCCGUGUGAAGUGCAACACCGAUGACACCAUCGGGGACCUUAAGAAGCUCAUCGCAGCCCAAACUGGUACCCGUUGGAACAAGAUCGUACUAAAGAAGUGGUACACGAUUUUUAAGGACCACGUUUCUCUGGGGGACUGUAUCCUUUGUGUGAUUUCUUGA